GUUCCAUAGUAAUUUGCGAAUGAAAGUGAACCGUGUGACGAAAGACAAGAAUAUAUUGCGCAUAUUAUGUGGGAAACAAGACUGAAGGCUGCCAGUUCCCAUUCAGGUGUUUACAACUUUAUAACUUGUGUUACUGUUUGUGAUCAUUCGCUUCAAGUUUAACAUUGUUUACAAAUAAAAAUCAUAAUGAGAUCCUGGAUUCCUUUGAUUUUAUGUUUAGUUUUAACAAUUAUGAUUAUUCCUUCAAAAGCAGCAACAACAAAAUGUAUUAAAUCCAGUAAAAAUUGCAUUAGAAGCACAGAAUGUUGUACCGGAUGUUGCUACAAUGAUAAAUGUGUUGAAAAACAUGAAUCUUGUCUUAUUGAUUUUGAAAAAAUUGGAGCAGGAAAUGGUGCAUUGAAUUGCAAUCCACAAUGUCGUGGAGGUGAAACAUGUCAAUUACAACAAGUACAAUGUUUUCGCGCGCCUUGUUCACCUAUUUCAAGUUGCAUUUCCGAUGAUUAUCGAGAUUAUGAUAAUUGAUUUUUGCAAUUUUAACUCGUGAAAACAAAAUUUUUGUAAAAAAGAAAGAAAAAUAUACGUAAUAUAUAUAUAAAAUUAA